ACGAAGAUGGCGGCCGAGGCGCAGAGUGAAGGGGAGGUGCCAGCCCGCGACUCCGGCCGGAGAUGAGCGCUCAGAGUCCUCACAAGUACGGCCUUUCAGGCCCCAUAAUGUGCCCUGUGUCCUCUAACUCGUCUGGAAUUUGUGUAGGCUGUGCCGGGGCAGGGAAAGGAGAGUUCCUUUGUCACAACAAGUAAGAAGGAAGCUUUUUUCCUGUCUCUUCGGUUUCCCAAUGCCUCAUCAGAAGCUUUCAGCAUUUAUUGACGCCAUCUGCAGUUUUGUUAUCUGCAAUGAUUCUUCCCUUCGAGGCCAGCCGAUUAUCUUCAAUCCUGACUUUUUUGUGGAGAAACUCCGACAUGAGAAACCAGAGGUGUUCACCGAGCUGGUGGUCAGCAAUAUCACAAGGCUUAUCGAUUUACCUGGAACUGAGUUGGCUCAGCUGAUGGGGGAAGUGGACCUUAAGUUGCCUGGUGGGGCUGGCCCAGCUUCAGGAUUCUUCCGGUCUCUAAUGUCUCUCAAGCGAAAGGAAAAAGGAGUGGUAUUUGGAUCCCCACUGACAGAGGAAGGCAUCGCCCAGAUAUACCAACUAAUUGAGUAUCUGCAUAAAAACUUGCGAGUAGAGGGCUUGUUUAGAGUACCAGGCAACAGUGUCCGACAGCAGAUUUUAAGGGAUGCUCUCAAUAAUGGAGCUGAUAUUGACCUGGAAUCAGGGGAAUUUCACUCAAAUGAUGUUGCCACUUUACUGAAGAUGUUUCUAGGAGAGUUACCAGAGCCCUUGCUGACACAUAAACAUUUCCAUGCACACCUCAAAAUUGCUGAUCUGAUGCAGUUUGAUGACAAAGGAAACAAGACCGAUGUCCCAGAUAAGGAGCGGCAGAUCGAGGCUCUCCAGCUGCUCUUCCUUAUCCUCCCUCCACCCAAUCGUAAUUUGCUGAAGUUACUGCUCGAUCUCCUGUACCAGACAGCAAAGAAACAAGACAAGAAUAAAAUGUCUGCCUACAACCUCGCCCUUAUGUUUGCACCCCAUGUCUUGUGGCCAAAAAAUGUCACUGCAAAUGACCUUCAGGAGAAUAUCACAAAGCUAAACAAUGGGAUGGCCUUUAUGAUUAAACAUUCCCAGAAGCUGUUUAAGGCUCCUGCUUAUAUUCGGGAAUGUGCCAGAUUGCACUAUUUGGGCUCCAGAACGCACACAUCAAAGGAUGACCUGGAUCUGACAGCUUCAUGUGGGACUCAGUCCUUCCAGCUGGUGAAGUCUCAGAAACGGAACCGAGUAGAUUCUUGCUCCCAGCACGAGGAGACCCAGCAGCAUACAGAGGAGGCGCUGAGAGAGCUGUUCCAGCACGUCCACAACAUGCCAGAGUCAGCAAAGAAGAAGCAACUUAUCAGACAGUUUAAUAAGCAGUCUUUGGUCCAAACACCAGGGCGAGAACCUUCUAGUUCUCGAGUACAGAAGAGGGCUCGUUCGCGCUCCUUCAGCGGGCUCAUUAAGCGGAAGGUCCUUGGAAAUCAGACGAUGUCGGAAAAGAAAGACAAGUAUCCUACUCCAGAGUCUGUGGCCAUGAAUGAGUUGAAGAGAGCCAGCAGAGAAAAUAUGAACUCAUUGUUUUCUGGCUCUCCAGCUGUCACGGUGACACCAACAAGACUGAAAUGGUCUGAGGGGAAGAAAGAGGGGAAGAAAGGAUUCCUCUGAAGGAUCCGGAGUUCUGUCGGCCAUGCAGAUUUUUUUCCAGGGGGCCAUGUGUUACUACCACUCAUAGUGAAGCUUGGACUUGCAGCUUACUUGCUGCAUUUUGACUUGUAAAAGUCAACUAAUACCGUGACUGAUGCCUCUAACCCCACUCACUGGCUGAUGUGUGCAGGCUGUGCCUCGGAGAGAGUGGUAGGCUCAUGCGCUCUCUCUCAGUGUCACGGAGAAGCCUCUGAUCUCCAGCCUGUCCAGUGCAGCAGACGAGCAGUCCUGGGUGGGCUCCAGUGCUUGCUCCGUGUGUAGGCAGAUUCUAAUUUUUGAAAACAUGAAAUCUGUGCUCAACUGCCAGCAAUUUUUAAAAAGUAAUGUCAAUUGUAGUGAACUGAUGUUAUUUUUAACUGGUAUUUUGGCUUUUUCUCUGUUUUGAUAGUGUUGGGGGUUAUGUUUUUCGUUUGUUUGUUUAAAAGCCAUGUUGUUGCUAAUCUGAGUAGACUCUCAGCUAGAGGCCUUUCAGCUUUUCUCACUUUGAGCUGGGGAAAGCGCUUUCUUCCCUGACACUGUAUUCCUUCAGACCUUAUUUAUGUCCAAAGAACUUAGAGCGUUCUUGGAAAUGUAUUCUUUCCUGGGUCUGGUAUUGCAGUGUAUUUGACCCAUGGUAUUGAAAAAGGAGAAUUCAGAACAGUACAAUAUUGACAAAUUUCAGUUACGAAGCUGUCUUCCCUGCCCGCCUCCCCACCUCUCCUUUCCUGAGUGAUGCAGACGUCACUGUGUGGUUGAUGAGCCACCACUCGCUUUCCUCUCACAGCAACAUCUCUGGUGCCAGUGGGGGGCUUCUGUGCCCCAUCACUGGGACCCAGAGCCUAACGGAGGUCUGCUGAAACACUGGCAUGUGGGGGGGGCUCUGGAGUGUCCCGGGCUGACCUGGUGGGUGGGCUUUGUUGCACCUUUCCAAGCAUCCCGCAUGCCGGCUGGACACUCUCCUGAGAGCGGGGCGGGGGAGGGGUGGGGGCAAGAGGGAAGGAAGUGAACAGCGGUGUCUGCUGGGCUGAUGGCCUCUAAAGGAGAGGCGUUCUAGUGCUGAGGGCGUCUGAGCCUCUCCUCUCCUCGUCACCAUGUCCAGCUGGUAAUUGGAGAUGGGACCAGAGCUUUUGGGCUUUUGGCUUGGGUAUGUUCAGGUAUGUUUGAGGUGAGCAGUGGCUUUGAUCUACUUUGAAAUACCCCUGCCCAGAGAGCAGCGCAUGGCAGGUGAGAAUGUUCGGGUUAAUGUUGGGCUCUGUUAGGCUAUGGAAGCGCUGUCACCCUGAGUCAAGCUGUUAUGGGGAAGCAGUUGCCCAGUAAAUAUGGCUUGCUGACCUAGUUUUAAACAGUUGAAAUUGCUGCAUUGUUGCAAACGACAGAUGCCUCUGGGGGAGCAGAGCUGGGCUUUGUGUCUGCUGUCUGCCCCUUCUCCUGUAUUCUAGUUCUGCUGCUGGGACAGCACUAGUCAAGAACAGUGUAGAAUUUGGCCUCCAGCUUGACAGACUGGGGGAGUAGAUGGUUAGGAACAGAGUUGCUUGAAAAUUCUUCUCUAGGGCAGUUUCAGAUCAUUCUUGAAAAUGUUCACUCACAGAUUCAUUUGUGUAGGUCUCUAUCUGACUUUUCUCCUUAAUAAGAAAAAAAAUCCUUGCACCAGAAACCAGUGACUUCAGACAGAACCCAGGCAGUGUUCUCCCUUCCGUGGUACGUCCUCCGUUCCACGAGUGCAGCUGGAGGUGUGUCCUGGCUGACGGGGACGGAGCAGAGCAGUGAGAGGUGCCUCCUGUUCCCCGCUUGGUCUUGCGGGCUGCCUGCGGGAGGAGGCUGGGGUUUAGGAGACGCUUCCUGGGGGUGGAAUGGGUCCUGGGGGCAGUGUGCUGGGCGCAGCUGGCAGGAGAGCUGUUCGCUACCUACACAUGCUUUUAGAUAGCUGGGCCUGUUGGGCAGUUUAUGUAUGUGCUUGGAUUUGUGUUUUGUUUAUUUAUUGAAUAUGCUUUUCCUUGCUUUAAGGGUAUUAUAGGUCAUUUUUCCUAUAAAAACUGUGAUCCAUUUGGAAUUCAAAUUUCAGGCGUAAACAGCAUAACUUUCUACCUUUUAAUAUGUAACUGGUCUAAUCCUGUGGAAUCUUUGGGAAAAUCCAAACAAAUACCCUUUAUUGUUGCCGCAGAAGAUUGCUAUCUCCCUUCUGAUGGGCAGGUAUUAUUUUUGAGCCAGUAUUUAACUAAUUUUUUAAAUCUAAAGAUAUUUUUUAAACCUGUUUUGUUUAUUUUUCAUGUUGGAACAAUCUCUUUGGAAAUGCCUCUUCCUGUUGCUUUUAAAAUGUUGUUUUCUGGGAUCAUUUUGAUGAGUUCUGAUGUAGUGUCAGAGGGGCAUAAGUAUAGAACACAGGCCCGUGGUUGUCUUUGGAAUCCACCCUACAGUGACAGAAGGCUCGGGAGAUACUGCACCUCAGUGACAUAGGAGGGGUAGGUGAUGAGUCGUAGCUGAAGCCACAUGAGCCUGAGUGUCCAGGGUGGGUCAGGAGUGACGGGGACAUGGAGUGACACAGGGCUGUAGACCAUGGUGGUUGCUGGCUGCUUCGGAGUGGCCGUUUGUUGGCCUGCAGGGAGGCUGUCCAUCCAGGGGUGUCAGAGCAGGGCCAUUCUCUCCUCCAGAGUGGGAAUGAGUGAGCCUCCUCCCAGGAGCCUGCGGCAGUACACGGUUUAAGGUAUGCCUUCCUGCAGAGCCUGUGGCCGUCAGGACCACGCCUGCACUGAGUGGCCGUGUGACCACGCGUAACCGGGAAGCCAUCUUUGGACACGGACAUCUUUGGACUGUGCCCCUUACUCGGUGCAGGGCCUCACACAGAUGCCGGGAGCUGGUGGCUCCCCUUCCUCCGGGAGAGCGCCUCGUUUUCAGUCUGCUCUACCCUGACGCCUUCCUACUGAAGACGGGACUCAGAUCUAUGCCUGGAUAAACCUGGCUGGGUUGCCCUAGAAUCUGGGGAGGAUUGGGGUUCCUGAGAUCUGCACGCUGUUUAAACUGCUGGUGAAUAGCAUAACCAGAACUCCCCGUGGAUGGCCGCCUUGCUGAGAUCUUUCCACCAGGGUAGUUGGUGGAACCAGGCUGGGGGAGGCGGAGUACACGGCAGCCGUGGGUUACCAUGGAAACCGGAGUGUGUGUGGCCACAGCCCGAACUAAAGAGCCAUGGAGCACUCCCCAGCCAUGUUGGGGACAAGCUGUUCCCUCUCCCCGGGUCCGGCCUUCGUAGCACAGGUGCCUUUGCCCUGUCCCUGACUUCACUCGAGAUAAACGAGGCUUCUUCAGAGAGAAAGGUUUUACCGUUUUUUGUGUUUCAUUUUUACUUGACUAUAUAUAUAUAUAUGUAACUGUAAAGAAACAAUCAUAUUAUGUUGUCUUUCUUUUAUAUUCUUGGAAUAUUCUGAAAUUAAAUGUCCUUGUUUGAUACCCAUA